GUAGCGAGCAGGCGUCCGGGGCCGGGGAAGCAGGACGCACUGCAGGCAGCAACCACGCCGCAGGAGAAGAGGCAUGGCUCGUGGACUCUCUGUCGCUACCUGGACAGCCCUGGCACUGGGAUGGCUGCUCCUGCUCCUCUGUUCUCAGCAGGCAUCCGCAGCCCGGGCUGGAGGCCACAUCUUAGCCGGGCAGGAGCGCCAAAGCGCAGCUGUGCCGGAGGGGAUUUCUACCAGGUGGAUGCAGCUCCUGAGCCGGGCAAGGCGGUCGUCGACUCCCUUCUGGCGGACGGUGGGCAGCAAGCCCCUGGCAGCCCAUUGCUUGCGGGGGCUGGAGUGCAGCACCCGGGCGUGCAGGAACGGGCGCUGCGUGGACCCCCAUGUCAGAUCAUGAAGAGUCAAACCAUAUGGGAUUGUGUGGGGCCAUCCGUGGUCCUGUGCUUUCUCUCCUCUCCCGAGGCCUUCCCCUCUCUUGCCCUGGCUCUGUUGUUGCUUGUAGGGACUUCACACGUUGUGCACUGCAGGAGUGCUUUGGACACCCGUCCCCCACCCCGGACACCGAGGGACACUGCUAGGCCUGGCCCCUACUCUAGCACCCUGAUGAGAUGGAAGGGAGGCAGCACCUGGAUCUCUUUGUGCUUUCUGCCCCCAAAGAACCCUGCUGCUGACACCCAGCACUCACAAGUACACUUGUCUCAGCCGCUUCACCAUGCCCAGAUGCUCCUCUCUCAUGUUGUUUCAGGCCCACCUGGAAGGGAUCAAUGGGUGAGCCUGACCUGGUGAUUUUGGCCAGGCUGCUGCUGCUGCUGCUGUGGGUGACUGCAGCUGAGUGCCAGGAUUUGGAUGAAGGGAAAAGGACUCUUUAUGCUGUUGCUUCUGGGCUCUUCUUGACCUACGGGCAGGAUCAAAUCAUUGCAGGAGGCCCAGGACUCAGCUCUCCCAUUUUGGCAGGUCUUUACAUUCACCAGGGGUCCAGGAUGUGACGUGGGGCUCAUCUACACCAGCAGCCCUUUGGGGAGUGGGGAGUGACGGUCAUGGAGUUUUCCACUUCUGGGAUCAUCCCUCAGGGGCCACACGCCAGCAAGUUGUCCCAGAAGUUAAAAAAAAAAAAGAGGAGACAUUUGUGCAAUUGCAUGGGCAUGAUCCUGCGUGAAAGUGAGAUUUUUUAAAAAAAUAAAACACAAGAAACUCAGCACUGGAAGAUGCUGAGUGCCACCCCAAAGAUGGUGAAAAUGCACCCCCGAUGCCCACAGACCCCCCCCCCCCGCACAGCUCUGUGCCUGUUUCCUGGGCCCUGCUAGUCAUGGGGAAGAGGGAGGACCCCAGGAGGAAAAGCCACACUGCCUGUGGAGCUCGGGAUGGUCCCAAAACGGCAGGGAAAAAUGGGGGGGGAAGCAGUCCCAGAUAUCCCGGGAGAACUGAGUGCUUGUCCCCGGUUCACCCUGGGACCAGCUGUGCAUCAUUUGGAUGCGCAGGGAUGACUUCAUGACCAUCCUGGGAUAAAUGGCCGGUGUAGAUGAGGCCUUGGGCUGCCAGUAGGAAAAAGCCGUUAAGGGGAAGGUCGCAAAAGGAGGCAAGCCCCAGGAAGGCAGCUGGUAAGAAUAGAUUUGAGCCCAAAGCGAAAGAGCGUUAGCAGCCCAGCAAUGAAUGGGUUAUUUCCCACAAGCCGAAUUCUGCCCUGUGGCCGGUCAGAGUCCCACACCGGUUCCCUUAAAGCAAACAGGGUUGAUUCCCAGGACCAGUUGGCACAGGCCCAUCCAGGCCAGUGCCCUAGAGAGAUGACUCCCCUGAUAGCAGUUCGGAGCAGGGGGAGUUAACAAACAACCAUUGCCCAUUGCAGGAGGUCUGGAAUACCUGCCCUCUGCUGCUCCUGACCACACUCUUGCUCACAGAACAUAAGAACAGCCCUGAAUCAGACCCUGAUUUUGUCCAAUCCCUUUUUAAAGCCAUCCAAAUGGGUGGCCAUCACUACAUCUUGGGGUAGGGAAUUCCAUAAUUUAACUCACCCUUCCCCCCUCUCCCUCUCCCUGGCUUAGAUGUGUACGAAAUUAUGCAGGGUGUGGAGAAUGUGGAUGUUGUUGUUUAUUCGUU